GGCGUGGCUCCGCAGCCCGGCCCGCGCUGCUGGGCGGCAGGAUCCAAGCCGCCCUCUGGGCGGAAGGAUACGGGGAGGAGCCUGCGGCGCGGUCCGCCGGGGCGCUGAGUCCUGUUGCCGGGUGACGGAGCGGCCGGCCCCCCUCCCUCCCCGUGGCGCUGGGAGCCGCCGCUGCCGCCGCCGGUUUACGUAACGCCUCCCAGGGCAGGUCCCGGCUCCGUCCCGCCCGCCUCACUCGGGGACGGCAGCAGCGGGACGGAGUCCGCCGCCUCCUCUGGCUGCCAGAGGCCCCAGGGCCCCGCUCUGCGCCGCCACGGCAGGUCCUGCUGGGGACUUGCAUCUGGCCUCAAUGUGAAAUUAAGGUAGAAAAACACAUCUACAUAUGUGUUUGCUAUUAGGAUUUAGUUUAUUCACUGGUCAUGCCUGAAGAGUGAUGUUCGUCUCUAGACGGCUAACUGCCAGGAAAUAUAAAUGAUUGUCCUAGAAGUCAAGCCUCUCUCCUAUUUACUGGAGUGAAAAUCACCUCCAGAUAUCGACGGAAUAUCAACUACAGAAAAUGCUUCACGUUAUAAGGAUGCCAACCACCUAGAUUCAUGCGCCCUAUCUGUACAGUUGUUGUGGAUGGUUUGCCAUCUGAAAGCUCCUCAAGCUCUUAUCCAGGCCCUGUAUCUGUUUCUGAAAUGUCUCUGCUACAUGCUUUGGGUCCAGUGCAGACCUGGCUGGGACAAGAGCUAGAGAAGUGUGGCAUUGAUGCCAUGAUUUAUACUCGGUAUGUCCUCAGUCUUCUGCUGCAUGAUAGCUAUGACUACGACCUGCAGGAACAGGAGAAUGACAUCUUCCUGGGCUGGGAAAAGGGAGCUUACAAGAAAUGGGGAAAGAGUAAGAAAAAGUGUUCUGAUCUAACACUAGAGGAAAUGAAAAAACAGGCUGCUGUCCAGUGUCUUCGCUCUGCUUCUGAUGAAAGCUCUGGGAUUGAAACGUUAGUGGAGGAGCUUUGCUCCAGACUGAAAGACCUGCAGAGUAAGCAAGAGGAGAAGAUUCACAAAAAGUUAGAAGGCUCUUUGUCUCCCGAGACUGAUUUAUCUCCCACAGCAAAGGAUCAAGUAGAAAUGUACUAUGAAGCAUUUCCUCCUCUUUCUGAAAAGCCAGUCUGCCUGCAGGAAAUCAUGACUGUAUGGAAUAAAUCUAAAGUAUGCUCUUACUCUAGCUCCUCAUCUUCAUCCACUGCUCCACCAACUAGCACGGAUACAUCUUCUCCAAAGGACUGCAAUAGUGAAAGUGAAGUAACUAAAGACAGAAGUAGUAAAGUAUCUGCCACUGUACAGGAAAGAACCCAGCAGAAGAAAAGUAAAAAUGAGAAAGAAAACAAGUUUAGUAACAACACAGUUGAAGAGAAGCCUGUUUUGUACAAAAAGCAAGUCCGACAUAAGUCUGAGGGAAAGAUGCGUCCUCGCUCCUGGUCAUCUGGAUCCAGCGAGGCUGGCUCAAGUUCUAGUGGUAAUCAAGGUGAAUACAAGGCAUCAAUGAAAUGUAUUAAAGUAAGACACAAAACAAGAGAGGUUCGAAAUAAAAAAGGGCGUAAUGGGCAAAGCAGGCUUUCAGUGAAAUCUGGUGAAAAGGCUGAUAGAAAAGUCCACAGCGGAAGCAGUAGCAGCAGUAGCAGCGGGUCUGUCAAACAGCUGUGCAAAAGAGGUAAAAGGCCAUUAAAAGAAAUUGGAAGAAAAGAAGCUGGCGGUAGCGAUGGAAAAGAUUUGUAUUUAGACAGCAGGAAUGAAAAGGAAUAUAAAGAAGAACCCUUGUGGUAUACUGAGCCGAUUACAGAGUACUUCGUUCCUCUUAGCAGAAAAAGCAAGCUGGAGACUACAUACCGCAACAGAGAAGAUAUAUGUGGCGUAACAUCAGAGGCUGUAGAAGAGUUGUCUGAAUCAGUGCAUGGUCUUUGUAUUAGCAACAAUAAUAUUCAUAAAACAUACCUCGCAGCAGGUACUUUCAUUGAUGGUCACUUUGUAGAAAUGCCUGCAGUUCUAAAUGAGGAUAUUGACCUCGCUGGGACCUCAAUAUGUUCUCAACCAGAGGACGACAAAUACUUAGAUGAUGUUCAUCUGUCAGAACUAACACACUUCUAUGAAGUGGAUAUUGAUCAAUCCAUGUUGGAUCCUGGUGCCUCAGAUGCGAUGCAAGGGGAGAGUCGGAUUUUAAAUAUGAUUCGACAAAAGAGUAAAGAAAAAACUGAUUUUGAGGCAGAAUGUUGCAUAGUGUUAGAUGGAAUGGAGUUGCAAGGGGAAAGUGCAAUAUGGACAGAUUCGACCAGCUCUGUUGGUGCUGAAGGGUGGUUCUUGCAAGACCUUAGUAAUUUAGCUCAAUUUUGGGAGUGCUGUUCAUCUUCUAGUUCUGGUGAUGCGGAUGGGGAAAGUUUUGGAGGAGAUUCUCCGAUCAGAUUCUCCCCCAUCUUAGACAGCACAAUGCUUAAUUCACACAUGCUUGCUGGCAAUCAAGAGCUCUUUUCAGAUAUUAAUGAAGGGUCUGGUAUAAACUCUUGUUUUUCAGUGUUUGAAGUGCAAUGCAGUAACUCUGUUUUACCAUUUUCUUUUGAAACACUCAACUUGGGAAAUGAAAAUGCAGAUUCUAGUAGCACUGCUAAUAUUCUUGGGAAAACACAGUCUAGAUUGCUAAUAUGGACCAAAAAUAGUGCCUUUGAUGAAAAUGAACACUGUUCCAAUCUUUCAACAAGAACCUGUAGUCCAUGGUCACACUCGGAAGAAACACGUUCAGACAAUGAGACUUUAAAUAUUCCAUAUGAAGAAUCCACGCAAUUUAAUGCAGAGGAUAUUAAUUAUGUAGUUCCUAGGGUGUCUUCAAGUUAUGUAGAUGAAGAAAUUCUAGAUUUUUUGCCAGAAGAAACCUGCCAGCAACAAGCUAGAACUUUAGGAGAAAUGCCCACUUUGAUUUUCAAAAAAAAAUCUAAGCUAGAAUCUGUCUGUGGUAUUCAGCUAGAACAAAAAGCAGAAAGUAAAGACUAUGAAACUACACAAGGAUGUAGUGAAAGCAGUCCGCAUGGAGAUGGCUACAGCUCAGGGGUUAUUAAAGAUAUUUGGACAAAUAUGACAGACAGAAAUUCUGCAGCGAUGGUAGAAAUAGAAGGAAUAGAAGAUGAAUUGUUUUCAACUGAUGUAAAUAAUUAUUGCUGCUGUUUGGAUACAGAAGCAAAAGUUGAAACCCUCCAGGAGCCCAAUAAAGCAGUGCAGAGAUCAGAGUACCAUCUUUGGGAAGGUCAAAAGGAGAAUUUAGAGAAGAGAGCCUUUGUCUCAAAUGAUUUAUCAAAAGUAGAUGGUGGUGACUAUACUACACCAUCAAAACCUUGGGAUGUUAACCAGGAUAAAGAAAACUCAUUCAUACUUGGUGGUGUGUAUGGGGAGCUCAAAACAUUUAACAGUGAUGGAGAAUGGGCAGUGGUGCCACCUAGUCACUCAAAGGGGAGCUUAUUGCAAUGUGCAGCUUCCGAUGUGGUGACCAUAGCUGGUACAGAUGUUUUUAUGACUCCAGGUAAUAGCUUUGCCCCUGGUCAUAGGCAAUUAUGGAGGCCAUUUGUAUCAUUUGAACAGAAUGAGCAAUCAAAGAGUGGAGAUAAUGGAUUAAAUAAGGGUUUUUCUUUUAUCUUCCAUGAAGACUUACUGGGAGCUUGUGGUAACUUUCAAGUUGAAGAACCGGGGCUUGAAUACUCAUUCUCUUCCUUUGACCUGAACAAUCCAUUUUCACAAGUUCUUCAUGUAGAGUGUUCGUUUGAGCCAGAAGGAAUUGCAUCUUUCAGCCCUAGUUUUAAACCUAAGUCAAUUCUUUGCUCUGAUUCAGACAGUGAGGUUUUACACCCCAGGAUAUGUGGUGUUGAUCGAACGCAGUACAGGGCUAUACGGAUUUCUCCAAGGACUCACUUUCGCCCAAUUUCUGCAUCUGAACUUUCUCCAGGUGGUGGAAGUGAGUCAGAAUUUGAGUCAGAAAAAGAUGAGGGAGGUAUUGCUGUCCCUUCUCAAGUAGAUGUAUUUGAGGAUCCACAAGCAGAUCUCAAACCUCUGGAAGAAGAUGCAGAAAAAGAAGGGCAUUAUUAUGGAAAAUCAGAGCUUGAAUCUGGAAAAUUCCUUCCCAGAUUAAAAAAGUCUGGAAUGGAGAAGAGUGCACAAACAUCAUUGGAUUCCCAAGAAGAGUCGGCUGGGAUGUUGCCAGUAGGAAACCAAGAUCCCUGUUUAGAAUGCAGUAUGAAAGAAUCUCUAGAUGGGAGGGUGAUGGAGAGCUCUAAAGUAAACUGCAGAAUAGUGGAGCCACGUGAGGAGACUAGCAGGUUUUGCAGUUGUAAAGCAGGGUGCCAUUUCCCCAUGUAUGAGGAUAAUCCUGUUUCUUCAGGAGAGCUUGAAGAGAGAAUGAGUGGCAGCCAGGAAAAGCAGUGCUGGUGGGAAAAGGCGCUCUAUUCUCCCCUUUUUCCUGCAUCACAGUGUGAAGAGUGUUAUACAAAUGCCAAGGGAGAGAAUGGUGUAGGAGAAUUUGCAGAUGUAAAGGAAAUAUCCAAUGAUGAUGAACAUCUUUUAGAUUUUAAUAUGGUUUCUUCUGUUUAUGAAGCAAGAUGUGCAGAUGAUAUAAAUGCUGAGGCAAAACCAAAUGGCUUCAGGAAGAAGAUCUACUCCAGUGAUAGCUCCAGCUCUGAAGAGACAGCUUCAGAAGGUGGAAGUGAAUGGGCUGAUCCGUAUGAUGGCAUUCAUGUAACCUGCAAAAGCAUCCUGUACUGAACUUGAGCCUGAAUGACUGAAACUAUCUAAAAUGCUCAGAGUGUUCAAUGUUUUAAAUGCAAAGGGUCAGUGCUUCACUUGAAAGAAAUCCUGUGGCUGCUGCAGUUAGCUGCUGUUGUGGCUGUAAUUUAGUAAAUCUCGUAGUUCAUUUUGUGUUUCCGAGAGAAUGUGUGGGGCAAGUUAUGUGUGUGGUGGGUGGGGGUAGGGAAAGCGAUGACUUACAACAUACAUGUGUGAUUGCAGUAGUGAUUGUUGCUUUAUGUGACUUGCUUUUAAAUUUUCUUUUGUUAACUUAGAAAGUCAACACAUUGUCAAGUUGCAUCUGUACAAGACUAUCAACUCCUUGUGCUUUUAACACAUUAUGCAAAAUGUAUAAGCCAGGAGGAGCAAUAUUUGCAAAACUAAACAUUCUAAGUUUUUACCAACUCAUAGUUUAAAAAACAACAACAACUAACUAGUCUAUACAAUAGCAGCAUGUCUAUAACAUCAGGAAGUGCAGAAAGUCCAAUACUGACUUGAAAAGCUUAACCAUUAAUUUUGACAGGCAGUAAACCUCAUGAGAACUAUAGCUGUUUGAAAUGUGAGCUGAACUGCCUUUGAAAUAUGUUCUGUGCUAGAAAGGUUUUCUGAAUAACUGGGUUUUGUUGCCUUUAUUCAAUUGAUAAUGUAAGAAUUGGAAUACGUGGUUGGAAAACCAUGCUGUUCUUUGUGCAAUGCUUUUGUGGAGAUCCUUACUUAAAAUUGGCUUGAUUUGUCCUUACCCAGGGACUUUCUUUCAGUCCUCCUCUUAGACUAUGAUUUAGGGUUUGUAUUCAUACAACAAAUCUUUUGACACUUUACAGUUUCUUUUCUUAAUUUAUUUGCAGACUUUGGAUAGAUUUUUAUAUAUUUUACUUUCUUCUGGAGCUUCCUUGAGAGGUUGUUUAGCACCUGCACUGAGAACUAGUUAACUGUAACAUGAAAAUAAAAAAAAAAGAACUUUAAACACAAAUUCUUCAAAUCACUACAGUGAAGAAUGGAAUAGAACUUCAUUCGAGAACAAGAAAUGACCAAAUGGACAUAUUUCAAACACAAACUUCAGCUCAGUUAAUUUUGGCUAGAGCUGCUUCUUCGGUAAGAAAGGGCUCAAAAAUAACAAAGGUGUUGCUUAUAGUUACAUUGUGGCAUGUAAUAAUUCCAGCACCUUUGGGGAAAAUAAAAUCGUAUAUUGAGCUUGGGCAAUAACAAAUUGUCUUUACUUGUUUUCAUAGUUUAAUGGCUAAAGCUCUAAAGCUUUCAGUGAGAGUUGAAGUGUGGUUUUUAGUUUUUCUGUAUGGAUAGAAACACACACAACAACAACAAAUCAACAACAACAAAAGCAUUAAAGGUUGGCAUACGCUGAACCGCACUGUGGUAUGAAGCGCAUUGCAUAUCCAUAGCACUGAAGUAUCAGUUUUCCAUUCCUGGGCUGAAAUUUGUUUCUACUUUUUGCUUCAAGUGGUUGUAUUGUUCUGAUUUCACGUACACCAGAGUAACUGAUUUUGUUUUCUUGUGGAGUUACUUAACACCGAAUAAAAAUAUAAAAGGACAA